GCGCGUGUGCAUGUGUGUGAGAGAGUGGGCGGAUGAGCUAAUGCACAAAAACACUGCAUCAAACCAAUGCACUGCUUGGAGCACAAUGCGUCAGCAGUACAUUCACGUUUCUACUGAAGGACAAAAGGGAGAGUGAGCGCAUGAGCUUAUGUCCCAGCUGCCUGCUUUCUACAGCUCAGCGAAACAUGCUGGAAAAAAUCAUCGGGAGCUGCUGCCGUACACAGCAACGGAAGCAGGAUUAAGGCAGGACCAACGGGGUUAAAAAGAACAGGGGGGGGAAAGGGGAAGGAAAAAAGAGGGAGCAAGAGAAUGCUGUUGCCGUGGGGACGCACUUCGCACUCCCAAUGCUCAUCCGGCAGUUCGAGCCAGGGGCUGUGGGACUGAGCUCUCUGACGCCUCUCUCAGCUUAGGACACUGCAGGGGCUCCAGCUCCGCGCUAUACGGAUACUUUUCAGAUCGACACUACGUCACAGGAGGGGAGGAGAAGCGUGGUCUCUCUCCCUCACACUCUCUCUCUCUCUCUCUCUCUCUCAUUCCAGGGAGCAGGAGAGUGUGCUCGAAAGCAGGAGAGAGCUUUCUCCGCUGAACAAGCUGUAUUGGGGUCCUGCUGGCACCAGUAUCUCUUCCUUCUGACACUCACUGACCUCCCUUUCAGGAGAAACUGACGGAUUACUGUGAAGAGUGCGGGAGGCAGGCUGCAGCCACCACUGUUUGUGCAUCUGUCAAGCUGGAGUGUGGAACUAGUUAAACGAAGAAAUAACCCAAUGACUGCAGUGUGUGUCACACAGCUUUUUUAACUGGCCGCGGCACGGGCAAAUCAAGCGGACGAGGGACAAGCCUUGGCAGAAGGAGGACAGCGCCUACAAAAACAUAUGCAGGCAUUCUACUAUGGAGACUGGAGGAAGGUAUUUAGCGGUGGCGUCAAGCGGCAGUUUCCAAGGACAAGCUUCUGCGAAUGAGGCAACGGCGAGCAAGGGAGCACGUCUCUGGGAGCGAAACUGGAAUGCUACCACUGCCUAAAGCUCUAUGGGCCUGCAGCUCUACUGCCUUCCUUUGGAUGCUCUUCUGUGGAUUUAUUAGGGGCCAUUUUGGCAUUUCUCUCUUGCUUUCUACAACAAAUACAAAAACCAAAAGGCUUUCCUUUUCUGUGGGAUAUAUGAAUCUUUAAAAAAAGAAAAAAAGAAAGGAAAAAAAGGGGGGAAAAGCAGCGCCUAUGUUGUGAUUGCAAAAAAAGGGACCUGUAAAUCUACUGAGGUAGGUGUCUGUUGUUUCCAACCCUUUUCAUACAAAAAAAGUCUUCGCUUUUCUUCUGUUCAUUACUCCUCAGCUUUUUUUACCUUUUACCUGCCUUUCUCCUGUACUUUCACACUUGGUCACUGAAAUUGCCCCUCUAGUUCAGUAAAUGGAAAAACAAGUUAGAGUGUUGCUUAACCCAGGGUGAGGCCAGCUUGCCUUUAACCAGAAAUAAACCCCUCCCCUCAACCCCCCUUUCCAUCUCCUCACCAUCACCCCAAGCCUCCCCAAUCCCUUCCCCCGCCCCCCAGACGAUGCUGAAUUAUGAACGUGCCACAUCAUGAGUCUCCUGGGGCGGGUAGCUGUGCGUCGAGCCAGGAAAGCCGCCCUGCUCUGUGUCGUCUUCUUCAUGGUGCAAGUGUGCGUGGAGGUGGCGGCGGGAGCGGCGGGACCCCAAGGCUGCCCGCCCGUCUGCUCCUGCAGUAACCAGCUCAGCAAGGUGGUGUGCACCCGCCGCGGACUCACCCGCGUGCCCCCUGGCAUUCCAACUAACACCAGGCACCUCAAUCUGAUGGAGAACUCCAUCGAAGCAGUGCAGGCUGACUCCUUCCGCCAUCUUCACCACCUCGAGGUGCUGCAGCUCGGGCGCAACGCCAUCAGACAAAUAGAGGUGGGGGCCUUCAAUGGCCUCACAAGCCUGAAUACCCUGGAGCUCUUCGAUAACCGGCUGACUGUGGUGCCUAGUGGCGCCUUUGAGUAUCUGUCGAAGCUGCGAGAGCUGUGGCUCAGAAACAACCCCAUUGAGAGCAUCCCCUCUUAUGCCUUCAACCGAGUGCCCUCUCUCAUGCGACUGGACCUAGGUGAGCUGCGAAAGCUCGAGUACAUCUCUGAUGGGGCCUUUGAGGGUCUAGUCAACCUCAAGUACCUCAACUUAGGCAUGUGCAACAUCCGCGGAGAGAUGCCCAACCUGAACCCGCUGCUAGCGUUGGAGGAGCUGGAGAUCUCAGAGAACUUCUUCCCUGAGAUCAAGCCCAGCUCCUUCAAAGGACUGACUUCGCUCAAAAAGUUAUGGAUCAUGAACUCCAAAAUAGGGCUAAUUGAACGCAAUGCAUUUGAUGACCUGACAUCACUGGUGGAGCUAAACCUAGCUCACAAUAACCUGAGCUCUCUGCCCCAUGACCUGUUUGCCCCACUGAAGUAUCUGGUGGAACUACACCUCCACCAUAACCCCUGGAACUGUGGCUGUGACUCACUGUGGUUAGCACGGUGGCUGCGUGAUUACAUACCCACUAACUCAACCUGCUGUGGCAGAUGUCACUCUCCUGCACAUAUGCGAGGCCGUCAGCUGGUGGAGGUGGACCGGGGUGACACUGGUGCAAUGCAGUGUUCUGCGCCUUUCAUCGCUGAUGCCCCAAGAGACCUCAAUAUCUCAGCAGAGCGGGUGGCUGAACUUCGAUGUCGAACAGCAGCCAUGUCAUCAGUGCGGUGGCUUCUGCCCAAUGGCACUAUACUGACACAUGCGUCCAGCCACCCACGUAUAACCGUGCUCAAUGAUGGAACUCUAAACUUUUCAAAUGUUCUGGUGGGUGACACGGGCAUGUACACUUGCAUGGUGUCCAACGCAGCAGGAAAAUCCAAUGCUUCGGCUUAUCUAAAUGUGAGUGCAGCGGAGCUCAACACAUCCAACCUCAGCUACUUUACCACAGUCACAGUGGAGGUGCUGGGUCCAACAUCAGAGCUGCCAAAAACCAAGACCACAACCACCACAGCAGGUGCAAGUACAACAACAACAGCUUCUCCCUCAGUCUUUCAACCAGUUUUCAUCUCAACGCCAACAGUCCUUCUUCAAAGCACUGAACUACCACCAAGUCGGCCAUCAGCCGUGCCAGCUUCCAAAGUGACAACAGGGAAGCCACCCAACCCUGCCAGCACCAGCCUGGAUGAGGUGAUGAAGACAACAAAGAUCAUCAUUGGCUGUUUUGUUGCAGUGACACUGCUAGCAGCAGUCAUGCUAAUCGUGUUUUAUAAAUUGCGGAAGCGGCAUCAACAAAGGAGCACAGUGGCUGCAGCCAGAACUGUAGAGAUUAUUCAAGUGGAUGAGGAGGACCUGCCUCCACCUGCCUCUGCUGCCAGUAUACCAGGGGAGGGAGCACUAACACUACCAGAGAUAAGGGACCAUAAUAGCAUCCACAAAUUGGAUUACAUAAACCACAAAUCAGACUACAGCUACCACAAACCCAAAACAGAUUAUAGCACCCAUAAACCCAAGUCAGAUUACAGUAUCCACAAACCCAAACCUGACUUUAGCACUUACAAACCAAAAUCAGACUACAGCAUCCAGAUUCCCAAGACAGACUACAUUACACACAACCCAAAAUCUGAUUACAACACGUACAAACCAACAAUGGAAUACAGCCCUCACAAGCCAUCUUCUGACUACACUCACAGAUCAUUGCCAGAUUAUCACAUACAUAAAAAACCUGACCAGAGUCCUUACAAACCUGGAUAUAGCACUCACAAGCCAGAUUACAAAUCUCAAACAGUCAAACCAGACUUCAGCCCUUUCAAACUAGACUACAGCAUGCACAAACCCAAAACAGACUACAGCAUGCACAAACCCAAAACCGAUUACACUCCCCACAAAGUUGCUACCAACUACAGCCCCUUCAAGAUGGAUUGCAGUCCCUUCAAACCGGACUACAGUGCAUUUAAGGCAGACUACAGCCCACUCAAAGCAGAAUACAUCAGCCACAAACCAGACUACAGCCCCCACAAGCCUAAAGUGGAUUACAGUCCUCACAAAGAAGACUACAGCCCCCAUAAGCUUGACUAUAGCACUCUGAAGCCCAAGUAUAACACCUACAAGCCUGGAGGACACGGAGCUAAAUGGACAGAAACCAACAGCAUCGGAAACUCUCUUCCUCGAACCUUGCCCAGUACCAUCACCACUAUCUCAGAGCCCUUUGUCAUAAAAACACAUGGGAAAGAGAAAGUACAAGAGACUCAAAUCUAGCCCGACAACCCCCAGCCCCAAAAAGAAAAAAUCAUGGCCAAUUCAUGGCCUGAAAAAUCAUCUCCCCAUUUCCUCUUAGACACUCCCAAGACACCCCCAUGAAAACAUGCAAUAGAAUGCACAAAGAGAAAAAGAGAGACUGUUUUUUGUACAGCGUGAAAAACCUAGAGACUGAUUUCUUGUUGUACAUGCUUAUAAAUAUAUGGGGAAAAAAAAAAAAAAUCAAAAACUAUCAUAGAGAAGCAGAUUAUAUUAAAAAAAUAAAUUAAACUAUUUUCUAA